AGGAGGAGUGUGCUCGUCUCCGCUCACUUCUGCUCAACGAGGGGACUCCGAGAAUAAACAAUUCCCACAGACAACACGCUACGCGCCUCGGCACCGCUCCCACGGUGGUGUCACCAGAAAAAGACGACGAAGCUUUUUCUUUUAAUUUGGGACUAAAAUUUUGAUUUUGAGACCGCCUGCCUCACCGCUUCUGUUUCCUGCCAGAAGUGUCACGGCCGAUGCGACCGUUUUCACUGGGAUUUGCCUCCUCUUGUCGAACAACAGCGACGAGCCUCCUCGGCGGAGCGCGGUGGAUAACGCAGGUCCCCCCAUGUGAGAUCUGCAAAGCUGAGACGCGCCACUGACAGAAGUACAGCCAGGCUUCAGGACAGACAUCCCAAACAUCCAGAACCACGGAAUGUGUCAACAUCUUUGUGGUGAAAUCUUGCUGACUCCCUGUUUGUUACUCACAUAAACCUUGAGCACGGCCUUAUGGGAUCCCAUGUUGUUUAAAGGCAUUUAACAAUGCCUCGGUGGCCCACCUGGCCCAGAUUGCCUCCAAACAUGGUUGAUCUUGUGUCUACGUGAAGGGAUCACAUCCAGCCAGUCUAUCCCUCAGCACCCUGCAGAUUCACUCGGUGCAACUGCCUGCCAGCUUGUUUUUUUACUUUUGGGCUGAAGUACAUGUCACUGAAAACUAGAUGACCUAGUGGACAUUUGUUUCCCAGUAACAGUACUGAUCUACACAAGGGGAUCCUAGUAUUGAACAUGACUCAUGGGGAGGAGCCUGGCCCUGAGACACACAAGGAUUCAGCUGUUCUAACUUAUCUGGAAGGUAUCCUUAUGCAUCCAGUGGUGGCCGGGCCGGGGGCCACGGCAAGCGGGAGGUCUGAGGCUGCCCAUAGCAACCAGGAGCAGGGUGACAAGGUAGGCGGUCCUUACCAACUGCCCGACCAUGGCCCCACAGCCCCCAAAGCUGGAACCAAUGGACCCAUGCUUGGUUCUUCCCAGCACCUAAAAAAAGCCCGCUUACUACGCUCUGGCGCCUGGAAUGAUCAAGGGAACCAGCGACUAAAUUCACCCCCAAUUGAGCUUAAUGGCCAAGGAGGAGGUCUACAGAAUGGAGCACUAGAGGGAUCGCCUCAUGCUGGAGAGAGCACCCUGCUGGCAUCCUUGCUUCAGUCAUUCAGCUCACGGCUUCAGAGUGUGGCAAUGUCUCAGCACUCUACUAAUCCCCCUAGUGAGGGUUCCUCUCCUUCCAAGGCACCACCUACAGAAAAAGAGCCACUUCCUAUGUAUGGGACAGCCUCAAGUCGUUUGAAGGGUUUGAUGAGAAAGAGCAAGCUUCAAAAUCACAGCAACACACCCUAUAGUCGCAGAGGACAUAAUCAAGACAGACCUCCAGAAUCCCCUCGGUCAGCACACAGUGCUACACCUCCCUCUGCUCCUACAGCUUCCGAGUCGGUGUCAUGUGCAGAGCGUCUGAAAGCAGUGGCCAACAUGGUGAAAAUCCGUUCAAGUCCUGCACCUUCCCCCAAGCCAAGUGUGGCCUGCAGUCAACUGGCUCUGCUGCUGUCCAGUGAAGCCCAUCUGCAGCAGUACUCCAGAGAGCAUGCGCUCAAAGCUCAGCUCUCAGGAAGAUCUGCCAGUGAGAGACUAGCUGCCAUGGCAAACCAACAGGACAAAAGGUCACCUAGUGUAGGAGAGACUCUAACUGGAGCCCCAGAAACACUAAGCUCCUUAACAACCCAAAACGGAAUGACGGCAACAACUACAAUGUCAACAACACUCUCUCAAACAGCCCUGUCAAGUCCACAGAGCCCCUCUUUGCUGCGUAGACACAGCCAAAGCUCCCCAUCCACCCCACCACCUCCUCCAAGCCACAGUUACAGCCACCCUCCUAGGGAAAAACGAGGCUUUGACACCCGACCGACGCGCCCUCCCCAGACAUGCAGCAGUUUGCUGUUGCUGCUACUUAACAACCACAACAACCAGAAGCAGCUGACCAAGAAUGGGCACCUGGAGGACAAUUGUGGCAUUCUGCUGCCAAGCUGCUCAUCUUCAGUCACUUCAGAUAGCGAGUGCUCCACGCAGGAAAGGAGUCUGGCAAAGGAUAGCAGUGAUGCGGAGAGUUCCUACUCAAGUUGCUCUCCCAUUGACCUCUCCAUGAGAAACCGAGCCAACACACAAGACACAGGGCUCAAAACUACCACCCUCUCCUGCUCUUCUUCCACCUCCACUGUCUCUUCUUUAACCACAGCGUUUUCCUCCACCCCAGUGACAUUUUCCCCUCAAGCUUCUUGUCAACCCUCCACCUUUUCACCAUGCUCUACUAUUGUCUCUACCUGCUCCAGUGCUAUUUCUUCAUCUUCGUGUAUUUCUACCUCCUCCCUAGAUAAACUAACAGAGUCUUUAAUAAACAAGUGGAAACCAGAGCCAUCAGGAUUAAAAUUGUCUAAGAACAAGGAGCCUGAAAUGAGCCCAGACCGAAAAGCCCACCCUAAAGUCACACUAAUGCAGCUUCUUCUUGAGCGAAGAAAUAAUGAGAUGGUUAAUAAAGUGGGAGGUAACCAGGAUUUGCCAAUUGAUAUAACUAUGGCCACAAUGUCUCGAAGCCAGCAAAAAGAGUCUGUGUCCUGGGAGGAGGCCGAGACAAAAAGCCCUACAGAUGGGACUGUAGCCCCACCCCAGCCCCUUUAUUCACUUACUCAUGACCCUAGUAGUUCACUUUCUCCUUACUCAUACCCCUCCCCUCAUAUUCAGUCCAGCCCAUUGGAUUUGUGUAAGUCCAAAAACUUCCCUGCUGAGAAGGCUUCAGAGCCUGCCUUCAGUGCCAGUAAACUUUUGCAGAAUCUGGCUCAGUGUGGCACAGCUUCUUCCUCCCCACCUAUCCCCUCCAACAAAGGGUUGGGCCAAGAACAUGACACCAGCAGGCCCCUAGCACUGUUGGAAAGACUCAGCGCACCAAUUCACAGGACGACCACCACUCCACUAUCAGACAGGGCCUCAGGAAGUGGCACACCUUUCAGUCGAAAGGAAGCCUCUCCUCCUUCAUCACAGAUCGAAAACCUACUAGAGAGACGUACUGUGCUACAGCUACUUCUAGGAACAGGGGCAGGUACUGCAUCAGUCAGUAAAGACCGUAAAGAUCGGCCCAGUGGCAGUGGCAGGAGAAGUGUGGAGGUGGCAGGAGGUUGCUAUGAGACAAAUUCAGGUGCCUCCAUCAUCUGUGACAGCUCUAACGGGUCUCCUUUGGACGUAAAAGUCAAAACAGAGCUUGCAGAGGGGGAGGGACCAUCUGCUGCCAUUUCUGAGGACUUAAGCAGCAGAAAAAGGUCCUGUGGCUAUGAGAAAAAUAGCCCCCUCUCAGAUUCUCAGCAUGACUUAAAAACAGAGCCAGGUCCUGCAGAGGUUAUAGCAAAAUAUGGCCUACUCAGCCAGCUACUGAAACAACAGACUGCUACCUACUAUACCAGUGCUACUAUGCAGGCUGAGUCAAAGUCUAGGCAAGUUAAGGAGGAACAGAGGGAGUAUCCAAGUCCCAGUUCUAAGAAGAGACGCUUCUGCUCUGAUCAGGUCGAUGUUUUGAAUAAAACUAGCUCUCCAAGAGCUUUGGACAUUGGAAACACAAACCUUUUUUCCUCUCCUGUUAUUCUGGAAGGGCCUGAACAGCAGAGAAUUUUGAAGGAAGAGGAGGCUGCACCAAGGAGCCCACCAAGUGAAACCCUCACUAGAGAGAGUCGAGGCUUCAAUGUGCUCAAACAGCUGCUGCUUUCUGACAACUGCCUGAAGGAGCUUUCCCAGCAGCACCGGGGGGCCCCCAAUCCUUCAGUCUUGCAAGCCAAUGGCAAGGCUAAUGGCAGCAUUCUUGCUCAGCCUGCCCAUAAUCACAGCUUCCUCCACUUACCCAGCUGGAACUCACAUGGUCUGCCUAACUCAGGGCUUCAGAGUAAUCUCAGACCAGUGCCCACCCUCCCUGCAGGUGAAAACCCUCUCCGCGGCAGCUGGAGUCGUCACCCGUGGCCUCUCACUCAAAAACGGGACCCUCCUACUUUGGUCAAACAGGAGCCCGAGAGCCCUGUGCGGUGGAGUAGUCAGGAGAAUGAGGAGGAGGAAGAGGGUUGUGACUCAAACCCAGACUCUCCACGGCUGUCACGUUCCAACCCCAUUCUGUAUUACAUGUUGCAGAAGGGGAGCAUUCAACUGAGGAACGAAGUGAGAGAUCAGGCAGAGGAAACCCAGGCUGCGGUUAGAAUAAAAGAAGAGCCAAUUAGUGAUAUGCAUGCCUAUGAACACAGUCUGAGCUCCACCCCGCAAUCACCGACCCACAAUGACAAGCACAGCCACGGGAGCCAGGGGCUGAGGCAAUCAUCCGACUAGAAGUUGUAUCAACUACAGAACAAUUCAAAUUGAACGUUCAUUGUUUUCUUUCUGUUUAAUGCCUUGCCAAAUUGGUUUGAUGAAGCAAAUAACAAAUCUUUUGUGAAAUAGAGCAAGUUCAGAUUAAAAUGCAUAGUUGCAUUGCUUUCUCAAUUAUUAAAUAGUGAGGUGAUGGAAUGAUACAGGUCUGUCUUUGCAAAAUGUCUAAUUGAUACAAGCAAUUGUUGCAAGUUUACCUAUUUUAGUAAUUAUCAUGCACCGCACAUUUCAUUUAGUGAUGACAAAAUCCACCUGUACAAUAUGGUGUUGUUUUUUUCCUUAUUAGUAUCUGAAUUGCACACAUAUCACUAUUCCUUGCCCUCUUUGUUGCCUGUCAUAAAACAUUCACAAAGAACAUUUCAAGUGACAUUUAUUAUUGAAUACGCUAAAAAUGUUCUCGCUCAGUUCAGUGGACAUUUAUUUAUUUUUUCCAUCUCAGCAUUUUCAGACAGAAUCCCAUCAAUUUUAGAUAAGAUUCCAAAUAAUGUCAUCCUGGAGUAGGCACAGCAGUCUGUUAUAACAGCGUACAUGAUACAUUUAUUCAAAAGAGGACCUUGAAAACAACAUACACCCUGCAGAAUAUUCAGUGAGAAUUUGUGAUGAAUGCCUUGUCUUGCUUCCCCUUCCAAAUUCAUGCUGCGGUGUAAUUACACGCCGAGUGAAUAAUAUAAUAAUAAGAAUAUAUAAUGGAAGUUUGAAUGGUCAACAACUUCUCAUUAUGGUUUGCUUUUAUUUGAAAUGAACUUUAAAGGCCAAUAUUCGACAGUGCAAAUUCAUGGUAAUGUUUGCAGACUGUGCAGUUUUGUGCAGAUGGGUCAACAGUGUGUGUGUGUGUGUGUGUGUGUGUGUGUGUGUGUGUGUGUGUGUGUGUGUGUGUGUGUGUGUGUGUGGUGCUUACAGUUGCACAACUGUGUGUAAACAGGUUUCUAGAGCAACAGUUUCGGCAGUGUCUGAGAAACGUAUCCUCCCAACCUGGGUAAACCGGCACUGCUCUUCGUGCACACCAAAACUUCUUAUUGUGAAGCACAUGGCUUUUUCCUCUUCAUUUCAUAUAAAGGAGCACCUAGAGUUUGCACUAUUGAAGCUAAGCCCUCUGUGUGCUUUUCAGAUUCAUUCAGUGGCAUGUAAUUAACAAUGUCAGUAUUGCUAUCUGUUGACGGUUUGUGAUUUCUGUUUUCAUCAUUUCUAACUGUUGUGGUUCCUGGACACCUUUGCUUUUAUUUUUGUGGCAGUCUCUUAACUCAUAAAAUGACAAAAGAAUUGCAUGACAAAAAAAGAGAAGACCACAGGUACAUCUUUGUUUUUAAAGCAGCUGGAUAUGAGUAGACAUUUUGGUGUCUUGAGGGAAAUCUGCUAUCUAGCUCCUUCUUUUGAUUGUACUGUAUUUUUAUUCUUGUUUUCACAAACUGCUUCAUCCAUUUAGUCUUGUGAUCUUUUUAAUACAUAUACCUAUGAAGUACAUCUCUCAAUUAAUACAUUUUCGCAAUGGUUAAAUAUAUUUGUGUAAAUAGUACUUUCAGUAUGAAAGAUGACUAUUUUGUAAUGUUUAAGAAAAGAUAUUACCCUAGUUUUUAAUGCCCUGAUAUGUAAAUAUGAAUUAUAUGCGUACAAGUGUACAUACAAAGGCAGAGGAUGCUAUACCCAUCUGUUUUAUUUCUGUUUUCUUUGUUUUGGCUUGGUUUGUUCCUUGCAUGUGUCUCUAUGUGGUAAAUGAUAAUCUAUCCUGCGCUGUGUUGUGUAAUAAUGUCCGACUCUCCUCACUGCUGCCUGUUGCAUGCAGACGCAUGGGAACUACCUGUGUAUCCCUAAUGGUGAUGAGGGAAAAAUGUCAAGUCUUAAAAUAGGUCUUUUUUUUAUCACAGAGAGAGGUUCAUUUAGAAUAUGAACAGUCCCUAAAUAACCACAGGCUGUUGAGCAAGUUGAUAAAAAAAUGUGUGAAAAAUAAACGUGCAUUAAAUAUUUUUGUGAUUUUUUUUUUCUUUUCUGUUACUGGUUAACAAGGCUCGGUUGUAGAGCUCGGGGCUUUAGUGGGGGAUUGACGUACAAUCAUAGAUCUGCAUUGUGCAUCUAAAAAUACAUUUGUAGCAACGGAUAUGAAAAAAAACUGUUCAUUUUUUCAUGUGAAGACUUGAACAUUAUUUCAUUUUUUAUGUUUUCAUUUUUGGUGUUCAUUUGCACUGAUAUCUCUAAAAUAAAGUACUAAAAUGCA